GGCGCCUGAGCAAGUACUACUGUACUUGAUUUUGCGUCCUCUCAGACAGUAGCCUUCAGGCGCACCAUCGCCGCGUUCUUUUCUCAUUGGAUCGAAAGAAAUGCGGGGUUUGUCAUUGCACACGACUUCUUGUCGUGCCACGUCUUCGCGGGCGCCGUCGACUUCCAGCUGUGUGCAGACAUCCACCAGCUGUUCAACGACGACGAUGUGGCAGACCAGAAACAGGCACGUCCGAGGUCCACCUUCCACGCGCUCGUUUGCUACCGGCAAAUCCAUUGUGAACGGAACCCCGGCGCGACAGGGUCUGCUGCGCGGCUGGAACCGGCUCGCGGAUGCAGUAACAGCCACGCUCGGACCCAAGGGUCGCAACGUGGUGAUCGAGCAAAUGUACGGACCGCCCAAAAUCACCAAGGACGGCGUCACCGUCGCCAAAUCGAUCGAUCUGAGCGGAAAAAUGGAGAACCUGGGCGCGCAACUCGCCAAGUCGGUAGCCAGCAAAACCAACGACAUCGCUGGCGACGGGACCACCACCGCGACGGUGCUUGGGAGAGCCAUGUUUCGCGAAGGCUGCAAGGCGGUUGCCGCGGGCAUGAAUCCGAUGGAUUUGAAAAGAGGUAUUUUUGUUCGUUUAGAAUUGUAGUUCUUGAAGUUGCUUGUUCGUUACACGACUGAUCUUCGACAUGCAUCUAUUCACUCUAACCAGGCAUUGACCACGCUGUGGAGGUGGUGAGCAAAGAUUUGUCCCGGCUUGCCAAGCCGGUGGGCGGCACCGAAGAGAUUCGGCAGGUGGCGACCAUCGCGGCCAAUUCCGACACGGAGAUCGGCAACCUGCUCGCGGAGGCCUUCCACCGCGUCGGUAAGGAGGGGAACAUUACGGUGCAGGACGGCAAUACGCUGCAACACGAACUGGAGAUCGUGGAGGGGUGCCGGAUCGACCGCGGGUAUCUGAGUCCCUACUUCCUAGAUUCUCCCGGUAGCAGUGGUGGUUCCUCCUCCUCCUCCAGCAAGAACCAAAACAGCCUGGAGCUGGAGAACCCGCUGAUUCUGUUCUACGAAAAGAAGUUGUCGCACCUGGAACCUCUACUCCCCGUGCUGGAGCAGGUGGUGCAAGCGAAGCGACCGCUGCUGAUCAUCGCGGAAGACGUGGAUAUGGAUGUGUCAGGACUGAAAUCGACAAAGUCGAAAUAAACUUGUAAUGCAGAAAAUGGAUGAAAGUUGCAACCCAGUUGUCAAGUGGCGCAUGACAAAUUUGGGUAGAGCCGAAAUCCAGUUUGUCAUGCUGUUUGGGUAAGGAAGACGCCUUUUGUCAUGCUACUUUAGCAGCUCCAUGUCUACCCCUCGACAGGCUUACAAUCUGCCUCACUUGCCUACUCUGCAAGACAGGCACUUUGUGGGCUGCAUCUUAUGCAUGGUAAACGACCGCUUCCGUGGAUGCAGCUGCUCGUCGUGUACUAUGGGCCAGCAACCUCGGGUCCUCAUCAUCAUCAUUUGUGUUGCGGGUGCACGAGUGUUCCUGCAAGGUCGUUAACACGUCGCGGUCCCAGCCGGAGCCUCUGCAGCGUUCUCUUCUCGGACCUUCCUGGGUGCUCCCUCAGUAUUACUUCUGGGACCUUCUCGGACCUCCUUCCCAGUGCUGUAGUCUUCCGCCCCGGGGCUGUUAUUCCCGUUGCAGGAUGUACUACCCUGGUCCGUGGUUGCUACACCGGCAGGCGUUAGGUGAGUAGAUGGACUUCGCCCCGUCCGUCGCGUAGGGUCUCCUACGUGGGAUUCCUGUUGAUGCCUCCUUGGUGUGGGGUUGUCCUCGAUGGUGGUGCUGGUGGAUUUGGUGCGGGGGCUUGCAGCCCCACGUUCUCCUCUUCCCCGCCAGUUCUGAGUGUUAUGUCGCUUGGAUCUGUUUCUGCUGUCCCCCUCUCCUUGGUUGCUGUCGAUGGGUUUCUGGCGGUUUGUGUGGCGUCGGAAAUUUUGCCACCACCACUGUCUGGUCCCCGUCUGCUCUGUGGCAAGGCAGGUCGGGUUACCUGGUCGGGUUGGUUGUCUGGUCGUGUCUCUCUAUGCCCCUGCCCCUUGAUGCCUGCCACUGGGCGGAUUGGGAGCGUUUUCACGGCGUCAGUCUGUUUCUAAGAGCUGAAACUAUAUGACGCGUGUUGUCUGCUCUUAGACAUUAUGGGGAGGAUGCUUGUCCUUGUUUCCCCCCAGGGCAUUGCCUCAUCGUUGGUGCUACUGUGUGACAGCUCUUGGUUUCCGUGGUGCUUUCGGUGGGAUGGACGUCCGGUGUUGCUUCGACACUCUUGUGUUGUUGCAUUUGUGAAUGCGAGGGCAGUGGUGGACUGAGGUUGCUGGAGUUUUCCGUAAGGACACUCCAAGUUAAUUUCUGACUACUUCGCUUCCUUGUGCCUCUGCUUUAGUGCUAUUUUUGGUGCUUUAGCUUAUAGGCGUCCCCCUCGCAUCUCACCUCCAGGUCUUCGGGGACCCCACUUUUCCAAGGUUCUUGGUUGUGGAUGGUUCCCUGCGGGCUUUGUGGCGUCUGGGUAUCCUUUGUUGCAUCUUAUGCAUGACAAACUAUUUCGUCAACUUUGACGAUUUCAAUCCUGACAGUCCCAUAGUGGAGGGAGAGGCGCUGUCCACGUUGGUGGUGAACAAGCUGCGUGGGGGCCUGCGCGUGUGCGCGAUCAAGGCGCCGGGCUUCGGCGACAACCGGAAGGCGAUGCUGCACGACAUGGCGGUGUUGACGGGCGGCGUGGUGAUCACCGAAGACGUAGGUCUACGGCUGGAUCAGACAAGGUUGGAGCAGCUGGGUAACUGCAAGAAGUGCCUCAUCGGAAAAGACUCGACCACCAUCCUGGAAGGCCGAAGCAGCAAGCCGGAAAUCGAACUGCGGUGUGCGGAGAUACGCGUGGCGAUGGAAAAUACCGUAUUAGAAACCACUACCAUAUACAUCCAAGUUUUUAGAGUUUUGCAGUAGCAAAGCCAAAAAUUGACAAUGAUUUCGUUUUCUGAGACAGGGACUUCUACGAGUGUAGAAGUGGAGCAUAUGCUGUGUCGUAGGUAAGGUGAACAUGAUCCAGAUAGCUGUCUGUUAGUGCGGUUGUUCUUGUACCAAAAUAACAUAUCACACGCCAGGCUUCGGAAUACGAGGCGGACAAGCUGAAGGAGCGACUGGCCCGGCUGCAGGGCGGCGUUGCGGUCAUUAAGGUUGGCGGCAGCUCGGAGGUGGAGGUGGGGGAAACGCGGGACCGGUUUGCGGACGCCCUCUGUGCGACGCGGUGCGCGCUCGAGGAGGGAGUGGUGCCCGGGGGCGGGACCGCGUUUCUGUACGCGACAGAAAGCCUGAAGGACGUCAAGUUGGACAACGACGACCGAAAUUUCGGGGUGCAGAUCGUCCGCGAGGUGCUGAAACAGCCCUGUUUGGCGAUCGUGCGGAACGCGGGGAAGGAGGGCAGCAUCGUCGUCGACAAGCUGCUGGAGGGAAAGGACGAGAAAAUGGGGUAAGAUAAUUUUUGUUGUAGAUGGAGGCAUGAUAACUAUGGAAGGUAUAAUUUGCUAUUGGUACAACCGCAGGAGCACCUGAUAUUUGAUUCUGAACCAUGUCCCGAGCAGCCCGACAGCAGCUCCAAUCGAUUUCAUUUUAUCUUUUUCAGUUACGACGCACAGAAAGACGUGUUUGUCAACAUGCUGGAGGCGGGGAUUUUGGACCCCACAAAGGUGGUGCGGACCGCUCUGGAAGACGCAAGCUCCGUUGCUGGACUCCUCACAACCACCGAGGUCGUCAUCCACGAGGCCGAUGACGACGAAAAGCUGUCCCCGAUGGACCGCCGAGCCAUGACCUACGACUGAUUUUUUCUCAGCGGAGGUCGCGCAGGGGCGUAAGCUAACUCGAUCAUUAUACAGUUUUUCAAAAAGAGUACGACGAAAGUAAGACUUUGGAUCAGUGAUUUGUUGCGAUUAUUUGAGAACAUAAAGUGAGCAUUAGUUUAUUUUUGUUGGUUCAGUUGUACUACUAAGUGGGUUCUGAGAAACUUUUCACCUUCCAAGGCAGAAAACGCCGGCGCAGCAAAAAAAAAUAUUGGACAUCGUUGCUGCUCAUUGCUGACGGUGGGUGAAAAUUUUCUUUGUUCUACCGAAAAACGAUAUAGAGUUCCGCAUAAAAUUGUUCAGAAUCUCCAACUCCAACAUCUACAUCAUGCCUCUUUCGCUUCUCCUGUAGCAGCCGGUGUGCGAUUUGGAUUACCUGUUUUGGAUCAUCAUCUUACUGCCGCGUUUUUCGAUCUCCAAAUGCCUGGUUCUGCAUUAGUCAACGAUCGAAUAUUUGUGUAGUAAGCACAUGUAAAUUUGUCGUUACCGAUGAGACGGUAUAGCAUGAAUUUGAUAAAAGUUACUUACAACCUUACCCCAAUACGGUUCUCUUACUAGUACGAGGAAUGCUUUUCGAUGGUUAUAAUCCGACAUCAACAGGCGAC